UUUUCUUGAAUUGCUUUUACUCUUUUCCACUCACACUCAGUUUACUCUCUCUUUGAAGAGAGAGAAUGAGAGAAUUCUCUUAGACCUUCAUUUCAGGCGGAUAAAUUGGUGUGCUACUUCACAGAUCCAAGAGUACAAAAAGCUUGGAAAAUAGCUAAAGAUAAAUGGAGGAUGGGGACUAUGGUCGUCGAUGGGACGAACUAAUACCCGAUACACUCGGGCUAAUAUUCAAGAAUCUAUCGCUUCAUGAGGUAUUGACUGUAAUACCCAUGGUUUGCAAGUCGUGGGGAAAGGCAGUGAUGGGGCCUUAUUGCUGGAUAGAGAUAGACAUUGAAGAAUGGAGCCGAAACCGCAAGCCUGAAAUUGUCAACCGAAUGCUUCAAUUACUGAUAGGUCGAAGCUGUGGGUCGCCCCGAAAACUGUGUGUUUCCGGCCUCUCUGGGGACGAAAGCAUUUUGUUCAUUGCAAACCAUGCCAAAUCUUUACAGACGUUGCAACUGCCAAGAAGUGAAAUAAAUGAUUCGAUAGUGGAAAAAGUUGCUGGCAUGCUAUCCACUAUUACGGUUUUAGAUUUGAGUUACUGCAUCAAUAUAGGGGCUCAAGCUCUUGAAGCAAUAGGGCGGCACUGUAAAUUUCUUGCUAGUUUGCGGCGAAUAAUGCACCCACUAGAGGUGAUCGACAAGCUUUCCCAAGACGAUGAAGCCCUAGCCAUUGCUAAUACGAUGCCUCGACUCAAGCAACUUGAGAUUGCCUACUUGCUUGUCAGUACAGCAAGCGUAACCGAGAUUCUUAAAAACUGCAAACAGCUUGAGUUGCUAGAUGUACGAGGUUGUUGGAAUGUGAACCUGGACGAGAAAUUUGUGAAAAAAUUCCCGGAAUUGAAGGUGGUCGGACCCCUAGUCAUGGAUUGUUAUGAUAUGAAUGGCUGGGAUAAUUGCUCGGAUUAUUCAAGCUCGUCCGGUUACCUAGCCUGGGAUUUUGUGGCCGGGGAGAUUGAUGACGAUUUUGCUGAUGAGAUGUUGGAUGACUUUUGGGAAUACGAACAUCCUAUGGAGGAUGUAGAAAUGUGGUUUUAUGAUGAUGUUAAUGCUAUUGACGAGGGGUACGACUGGCCCCAAUCUCCCUGAGAUACGAAGAGUAUAGUUUGUAUUUGUUCGGAUCGCCUGCUGUUUCUUCACUCUGUAUGCUACUUGAGUUUGAUCUAAGUUCAUAUGCUCUCUGUGAUAUAACCAUGUAAGAAUCUCUUUGUGAUAUACUAUGUAAGAAUCUGGGCGUGUAUCUUGGAAGUAAUCAAAUCAGAAACACUUUCUAUAUCAAGCUUCGAUUA